ACUACCAUUAUUGUUGACUGCAGUAAUCAAGUCUCGAGCUUUAAGGUUAGGAAAUUGUAUACACUGUGCUGUGUUACAUUCAUACAUUGAUGGUUAAAUAAAGAAAUAAAAAAUAUAUUUUCUGUGUUAAUAAUGGUAAUAAAUUGAGAAAAGCAUAACGCUUUUGUAAUAAUUCUUAUUGAUUUCAUACAACUAUCUAUGCAGAUACGUGUUUGUUAAGACAAUACAAACUUAGUAUUAUUAAUGCAAAAUGGAUAAACUGACACUUAUUUCGGGAACAUUAUUUUUGGCUGCAAAUGUAUUUGCAAUUAUCAGUCUUGCUAUGCCUGACUGGAUUAUUACAGAUGUUGGUGGAGAUACAAGAUUAGGAUUAAUGAGGUCAUGCAUGACAUUAUACAACAGACCCCAAGUUUGUUAUAAUCCAGAUUUGCAGCUAGAAUGGUUGAUGGCUCGUGUUUGCAUUUUACUUGGUUGCGUUUUAAUAACAGGAACAAUAAUUUUAUUAGCUAGAUCCCAUUGGGAUCGUGAUAUUAUUCCUUAUGCAAGAUGGGUGGGAUUCACAGCUAUGGUGUUAUUCUGCCUAGCAGCAGUUAUAUUUCCAAUGGGCUUCCACAUAGUUGAAAUUGGUGGACAACCGUAUCAAUUACCAAAUUCUCAUCAAGUCGGCAAUUCUUACAUUCUUUUUGUUUUAGCUUUGUGGAUUACUGUCAUCUCAGAAUUGUUUGCAGGCAAAGUUUGUCUACCACAUUUCUAGCAUUUUUCAUUUUUUAAGUGCAUUUUUUAUACAUGUUUAAUUUUAGUAGGAUUUAUAAUAUUUAUUUGAAUUGUACAUUUAUUAUUAAUCAUUAUGCAUCCUAAACAAUUGUAAAUAAAUAGAUGAUAGGAA